UUUCAUUUCGUUGACACCAGUUUGUUUGUGGCUCGCUGCGGCAAGACUGACAGAGCCUGAUUACAGGGCCCGGCUCGGGUUUGGGCUUGAGCUGGGGAUCGGGGACAAUAAUGCCGCUGCAGACAACAAUCAAUUGCAGGAGGAUAUGGAGAUGAAGGCUGAGGCACUGGCGGUGGCGGGGCCAAGACCCGCAGUGCAAGUAAAAGUGACAAAUGAAGUGGAAAGUGCCAUCACAAUGAGAACGAUGCUGAUGCGGAUGAGGAAUCGGGGACAUGAGCGGCGGCGGUGGCAGGCCGGUAACUACUUUGACACACAAAUGGCACUGCUGUCUGGCCUAAUGAGUCCCGGCCAGCUGCCAAUAUUGGGAGGACCCAACCUAGUCACGGCUGAGAAGCAAUUACUCCGCCUGCAGCCGGACUACAAAUUGUUAUACAAUGCCGAUCACCAUACCUAUUUCCACCUGCACACACUCACCCGGGAUUCAGUUCCGAAAGAGGCACCACAUCGAAGACUUUUCCAGCAGGUCGUGGGCAGCACACUGACCGCUGCCUUUGGCCUGAACGUAAUGAACAAGGACCUGGUGGCGGUAACCAGCGAACAGGUGAAUCUCUAUGAUGCCGCCUCUCUGCGUAGGUCGCGUUUCAAUCCCUUCAAUCCCACACGCAUCCUGAUUCAUGGUUGGUUGGGGAAUGCAAAUGCCAAUAUGUAUGCAGCUCUGUUGCCACCGUAUUUUGAACUGAAUAAUGGCAGCUACAAUAUCUUCACUGUGGACUGGGGUCGAGGUGCCAUAGCCGACUACAUAACGGCCAGUUACCGAGUGAAACCGGUGGGUCAGGUUCUGGCCAAAUUCGUGGACUUCCUGCACCAGGAGGCGGGACUACGGUUCGAGGACCUGCAGUUGGUGGGCUUCAGCAUGGGCGCCCAUGUUGCGGGGUUGGCGGGAAAGCACCUGCAAACGGGACGGCUUCGAAUGAUCCGGGCUUUGGAUCCGGCUCUGCCCUUCUUUCGAUACGCCCAGGAAAAAGAGAGACUUGCACCGGGGGACGCCGACUAUGUGGAGGUGUUGCACACGAGUGUGGGCAGCUACGGAUUCGACCGGCCCCUGGGCCAUGCGGAUUUCUAUGCCAACUGGGGUAGCCAGCAACCGGGUUGCUUUUGGAAUGAAUGCAGCCACUGGCGGGCUUUCAUCCUCUUCGCCGAGAGUCUUCUUCACCGGGAUCGGGAAAUGGGUUUCGUAUCCCAGGGAUGUCAAGCCGACGAAUGGCAGCAAUUGACCCGAUUUCAACGAUGCCCCAAGGAUACGGGGAUCAGCCAGACCAUGGGCGGUGAUUUAGCCAACGUUUCGGCCGAGUUCUUGGCCCAAAGACAGGGUGUCUAUUAUUUCAAAACAAGCGAACAGUCACCCUAUGUUUUAGCACAAAAUGGCAGCGCCAAAGGGUGGCGCAAAUAA